AUGGGGAGAAAGAGGGAAAUCCGCACGCAUAUUGCGAAUGUAGAUAUAAUCCAUAUCAAGACAUGGAUGCUCAUCUCUAGCUAUGUAAUAUGUUUGGGUGUCGCACUUGUGGAGGCUAUUCUCCCUGGUCUUCUCCCUCAGCCGGUGUUGGACAUAUUGUCAGCUGUUCUCAAUAAAUUCCUCCUAUGGCAAUAUCCCAUCAAAAGCGUGAACGGUAGCAACACCCUGCCAGCCUGUCCCUGCCGCUGGCCAAAUGGACAAGGUGAUGGUGCAAAAUUCUUGGAUGGUAUCCAGAAUAGUGUAGAGUGGUCCAAAUCAUAUGGCCCUCUCUACCGUAUCUGGAGCGGCAUGAGCCCCGAAAUCGUCCUCACCCGGCCAGAGCAACUCCAAAUAGUAUUUUAUGACUCAGAUAAGCACAGAAAGGCCAUUAACAAUGACUCUGGAUACUUCAUGGGCCAGUUACUUGGCCAAUGCGUCGGUUUAAUAAGUCCACCACAAUGGCAGGGAGUUCGCGCCAUCACCGAAGUACCUUUUCGUCACCAGACUUCCAUUGCGAACACUGGAGUCAUCGAGGAGUUUGUACGCGAUUGCUUCAACAAGCUUGAGCUCGAAGGCGAUCUUAGUAGAGGAAUGCUCCAUCCUACGCAAGAUCUCAAAAUGCUUCCUUUCUGGAUGGUGUGUUACUUCUUAUACGGAAGACUGCCGGUUCAAAUGACAGAGGCGUUGAAGAAUUUGACGGAAUGCAGGGAGGAACAAAUGAGAGAUGUGAUCAAAGGAGGAAUCUCGCGGUUCUCCUUCUCCCGGCUGCUUCCCACAGCUGCCAACCGUCGGCUAAGAGAGUUUAAGGACCGCUGGCUGCUCUUCAACCGGACCGCCGAGGAAUAUGCUCGCAGUCAUGGGUCCAAUUCUCCCAUAGUAGACAUGUUUGAUGCUGUCCACCGUGGAACUAUCUCCGACGACCAACUCUUACAAACUCUUGACGAGACACUUUUGGCCAAUCUAGACGUUACUACCGGCGGACUUGCCUGGAAUCCCGUUUUUCUAGCUGUAUAUCCCAAAUGUCAACAAAAAUCACGGCAAGAAAUACAGAAUCUUCCGGACCAAGCCGCUCUGCACAAAUACCUUCAAAGUCCGUCUACAUACCUCCAGGCAUGUAUCCUAGAGUCAAGUCGUCUUAGACCACUGGCCGCAUUUUCGGUACCACAAUCAGCCCCAACGCCCCGUGUUUUGGAUGGAUACAUUAUCCCCGCCUCGAUUAACUUCAUCGUGGAUGCGUAUGCACUCAAUGUACGGAACUCGUAUUGGGCGCCUGACAAUGAAACUUUUCGACCAGAUCGAUUUUGGGGUAGAAAGAAUAUGGAGCUGCGCUAUCUAUUCUGGAGAUUUGGGUUUGGGCCGCGCCAGUGUAUGGGGAAAUAUGUAGCGGAUAGCAUCCUCCGAGUUACCUUGGCCUAUCUGGUGCAAAACUUCCAGCUAAGUUUGACCACAGAUGACUGGGUUCGAGAUAAGCAGACUUGGAUCACGCAUCCGGACUUUCUCUUGCGAUGCGAAAGACUUAAACAAUGA